AUUUGUUUAUUUUUCCUUGCGUCAAUUGUCCUCCAUUUUAAUUACAUUGAGUUAUUCUGUAAAUGGCCACACAAGGGCGCUAAACAAGAAAAUUGCAGGAAUCACAAUACAUGAGAAGAAGAGUGGGUGGGUGUCAAUUCAAUUCAUCAAUGUGUCUUUCCUUACUUUCCCUUGCUUUUUUACAUUAUAACUGGUCUUGUUAUUUCAGCAGGAUCUUUCCAGCAACUUUAGAAAUGUUAUAAAGAUUUAGAUCGAAAAUUAAACAUCUCGGAGAGGCGUUUUUUUUGUGGUAAAAUGAGUAAGGGGGUAAAGCGAGGGAACGCCGGUUGAUUUGAGACGCGUCCCGGUUGAGAGCGGCGGCGCGGUGUCCAGGGCAGACCUGCAGGGUGCGAUGCAGCGUUCACCGGCGGUGCUUUUUCAUUGGGUUAAAAAAUAAAUAAACAAUAUUAUUGUUGUUGUUUUUUUUGGUGUUUUGUUUUUUUCUGUAAUGAUGGGAACCGAGGCUCCUCUGUGGAGGCGCGUGCAGGCAUUCAACGGCCCCGUGCCCCGGGCAAGACACGGACACCGAGCGGCAGCGAUCCGGGAGAUGGUGGUGGUGUUCGGUGGGGGAAAUGAGGGCAUAGCGGAGGAGCUGCAUGUUUAUAACACCGUUUCCAGACAGUGGUUCCUCCCAGCAGUGAGAGGAGACAUCCCACCCGGCUGUGCUGCACACGGGUUGGUAUGUGAAGGCACACGCAUCCUGGUGUUUGGAGGAAUGGUGGAGUUUGGGCAAUACAGCAACAAUCUCUACGAAUUGCAGGCCAGUCGCUGGCUGUGGAAGAAGCUGAAGCCGCGGCCACCGAAAAACGCUUCACCUCCCUGCCCUCGUCUGGGUCACAGCUUCACUCUCCACGGCAACAAGUGCUACCUGUUCGGAGGGCUAGCCAACGAUAGUGAAGACCCAAAUGGCAACGUGCCCCGAUACUUGGAUGAUUUCUAUGAGCUGGAGCUUCAAACGCAGUCAGGAGUCAAAGCCUGGAUCGUCCCAGAGACUAAAGGAGGGGGUCCAUCAGCCCGGGAGUCUCACACAUGCGUGACGUACAGCGGAAAGAGUGGCAGCUCCCCAAAACUUUACAUAUUUGGGGGCAUGUGCGGGAACAGACUAGCAGAUCUGUGGCAGCUGGAUAUCGACACCAUGACGUGGUCGGUACCUAAAACAGCAGGACCCUGUCCUUUACCCAGAAGUCAACACUCUUCAAAUCUGAUUGGAAACCAGAUGUACGUGUUUGGCGGCUGGAUUCCUGCCACAGAGAAGAACGCCGUAGGAGCAGAAUGGAUCUGUACGAACUCUACCUCAGUUCUAAACCUCGACACGAUGACGUGGCGACGUCUGAACCCCGAGAGCCGACAGCACUGGCAGUCAGGCACAUCUGUAGAGCAGGAAGAAGAGAAGGAGCACACGUGCUGGCCGAAAGCUCGCGCCGGUCACUGCAGCGUGUCCAUCGGCACUCGCCUCUACAUGUGGAGUGGACGAGACGGUUAUCGCAAAACCCGGAACUACCAAGUGUGCUUCAAAGACCUGUGGUAUUUGGAAACAGAGAAACCAGCAACACCAGGUGCAGUGUAUUUGGUCAAGUCCACGAUCAACAUGCUGCACGUAGCCUGGCACCCUUUACCUGCAGCCGACUGCUACCUGCUGCAGUUGCAGUACGUUGCUCCUCCUCCAUCAUCACAAAAGCAGGCUUCUGAUUCGCCAACUACCCCGACUCCACCCAGCAGUCUAACGGAGGGGGAGGAGCCUCUAAAGACGCUUCUUCAUGCCAAGUCGGAGUUGUCCCAUGGAGGCGGAGAUGGAAACCGUGAGAGAUCAGCGCUACAGAACAGUGCUGGUGGAGGUGAAACCAGAACAGAGACCACAGAUAAAGUCGAAAUCGGCGCAGACGAACCUGAACCUGAAAAUGUAACCACUCCUUCAGGACAGAAUGAAGUCUCUGCGUGGCUCGACGUCGGUAUUUUUAAAACCCACUUCGCCGAGGUCACAAACUACUACCUACCAUCUGAGAACGGCAGCACUGACCAGAUCUCCAAUGAUUCCGAGUCGAAGAUUCAAAGUCCUCAGAGUUUUGAAGGGCGAGAAAAGCAGGAGCUCGCGUCUAACGUUACCUACCGCUUCAGACUGGCGGCCCUGAACAGCUGCGGCCGAGGAGACUUCAGUCCCGUCGGGGAAUUUAAGACGUGCAGUCCUGGAUUCCCAGAAGCUCCUCCUGCUGUCAAAAUCACCAAGGCAUCUGAUUCGGUGCACAUCACGUGGGAAUCGCCCUCGAGCACAUCGGGGAAAAUCCAGGAAUACUCCAUGUACCUGGCGGUGAAGAAGACACGAGGAAACGGCUCGGAGAAGCCGGGAGAGUCGACCUUCAUACGCAUUUAUCGCGGCGCCAAAACCUCGUGCACCGUGAACGCUGCGAAUCUGAGUAACGCGUACAUCGACUGCACAGCCCGUCCCGCCAUCGUGUUCCGCAUCGCCGCCAAGAACGAGCGCGGCUACGGGCCCGCAACUCAGAUCCGCUGGCUACAAGAGAGCAUUAAGAUGAAAUCAGUACUGAAACCAGACUCCAGUCCUACCAACCCUGAGCCAGAAGACAUCAGCUCAUGAUGGAACAGGAACUUCCCCUCACACCAUCUGAGACCAGGCCCCCGAAACGAAGAUCCCCAGGAGCCAUACAGCAGUGUUUUAUUCUUUUUUUUUUUUUUUUAUAUAGGAACUCGAGUGCAUUAAACUUCUUGUUAAAACUUUAACUUAUAUUUUUUUUAUUGUACAGAUUUGUUAGCGUAUAUAUUUUUUCACAAAUUCGUGUUUUAGCUGUUUAGCUGCGUUUUUAAAUCCAUUUUAUUUCACGUUUUUUUUUUAAGCUACAUCCUGUAAAAUAUAUGACCUAGGAUUAAUUAGUUUGCAUUUGCUUCAUUAUUAAACACCUGCACUAUUAUAUGAACAAAAGUAUUGGGACACCUGACUUUUCCAGCCAUUUGUUUCCAAAAGCUACGUUUCCGUGUGGAUGGAAGGCCCAAAAUAAAUAAAUCUGCACUUUCAAACGAAA